AUGACAUAUGUGGCCGAAGCCGUGAAUGGGACGGUCAGGUGUCUUCCAUAUCUUCUGGAUUCUCCUUGUGAAUACAUACAGUCCAAUUGUUCCGGCGGUGGUCUACAUAUAUGGUGGCUUGCCAGUUACUAUUGCCAGUCUGGCGUGGUGGCCUUAGUUGGCGCUCUACUCUUUUUGACGGCUUGCUUCGUCGCCCUUGGCAUAACCGCCGCUGACUACUUGUGUCCAAACUUGUGUACCAUAUCCAAAGCCAUCGGAUUGUCUGAAGAUUUUGCUGGUCUCACUCUUCUUGCAUUCGGAAAUGGGGCACCCGACAUUAUGAGUACCUUCAAAGCCAUAUCCAUGGGCGAGGGACUGCUUGCAUUAUCGGAACUAUUGGGUUCCUGUUUAUUUAUUAUCACGUUUGUGGUAGGGAUCAUCAGUUUGAUCCACCCCAUCAAAGUUAACCCAAGAAUGCUCUACGGCAACAUCGCCAUGUUCAUGCUCAUGGAUGCCUUCAUGUUUAUCAGCAUUGCGGAGCGUAAGUUGACAGUUUUCCUUUGCUUUGCCCUCAUCAUUGCUUAUGUUGCUUACAUCUUGGUGGUUAUGAUGAUGAACCAUUAUGAUAACAAUCGCUUAGAAGCCCAAACAAGCGAGGCUCGUGCGCGUGCCAAUUUUGAUGUCGAGGCCGGCCGGCAUGACACGGGCGAGGAGGUGACAAUUGAAAACUUUGAAACGGCCAAAUGGGGCGUAUCGGGGACCUUUGGUCUCACCAUGAUGAUGAAAGACUUGUCACGGUAUAGUCAAGCGAUCUAUCUUGAAGAGGACGAACAGGGACAUGUGCCGGAUCAAGUUGCAAAGUUUGCGCCCACAGUAUUACUGAUUUUGUUAGCAUUUAUCCACCCUAUAAGAUGGACGCUUCUGUGGUUUAUACCCGUCAGAGAUGCUAACGCAACCCCCAUAAAUGAUAACAAUGCUGACAAACAGCGUCUCAUUGUACAGUGUGUCGCCGGCAGUAUAUGGUUGACGUUCUCCUUAUUGCGGUUCAAGUGGUAUACUCCAUUUGUAGCUGUCGCUGCGGCGGUGGGAAUUGCAUACUUUGUUUCGCAAAUGUACCGUCACCACAACUUAAUCACAAAUUUUGCCGCUGUGUUUGGUUUCCUUGUGGCAAUUCAGUUCAUCCUGCUCAUCGCGGGAAAUAUCGUGACUGUGCUUCAAUUUUUGGGAAUCAUAUGGCAUUUAUCUAAUGACAUUUUGGGGCUCACCAUCUUUGCCUGGGGCAACUCCAUUGGUGAUCUCAUCUCUAAUGUGACAAUUGCGAAAAUGGGUAUGCCGGUGAUGGCGUUUGGGGCUUGUUUUGGCGGGCCUCUUUUGGCAAUGACUUGCCUUGGCACGAGCGGGUUGUUGUCGAUGUCGGGCUCUUCGUAUCCACUUCAUGUAACUCUGAUUGGAUCGACUGCGGCCAUCAUGAUCAUACUCAACUGCGCUUACCUACUUUAUAUUGUGCCUCGAAAUUCGUGGACUAUAGACGGCCGUAUCGGACAAGUGUUGAUUGCAAAUUUCGGAUUUUGCAUGAUUCUAUGUGUCAUAUUAGAGUUGUUCUCCAAAUUAUAA